AUGUUGAUCCAAGAAAGCCACGUCGAUGUCACGUCGACUGCGAAUGGCAAGGAGAGCACUAUGCGCAUCUUUGUCUUUCACCCUGCCAUUCCCGGGUUCCCCAACGCGUUCUGUCUGCCGGCGCUCCCGGUUGAGCUUGCACCGACGCUUCAUGCUGACAUGUGGUGGGCAGUGACGGGUCCCGUGGCACGAUUCGCAAGACAGAUUGCCGGCCAAGGCUACAUUGUCGCCGCGCCGUCGUCGUAUCACGACUUUACUGGCCCGGAGCCGCUCAAAUACGAUGCCGCGGACACGGACAAGGGCAAUCAAUACAAGAUCCAAAAGGGGCAGACGCUCGAGUCUUACGAUGCCGACUCGUAUGCUACCGUCGACCACCUUCUCAGCCUGCCGACCUGCACCGGCCUGAUCGGCGCCACCGGCAUGUGUCUCGGCGGCCAUCUCGCCGUCCGCGCCGCCCUUGACCCCCGCAUCACCGCCUGCGUCUCCUACUUUGCCACCGACAUUCACAGCCGCACGCUCGGCCCCCAUUCCAGCGCCAACACGUCUGCCGAUGCGCCUCCCGACAGCAUCCACACGCUCGACCAAUUCGACCGCUUCAAGGGCGAAGUUGCCAUGAUCUUUGGCGUCAAGGACACGCACGUGCCGGACGCGGGCCGUGACCUGAUCCGCGCCAAGAUGCGCGCGGCCGGGGUCGUUGCCAGCUUUCACGAGUUUGCGUGGGCGCAGCACGCAUUCAUUCGGGACGAGCUGAGCAAGGGCCGCUACGACCCGGCGGUGACCAAGGUGUGCUUCGAGGUGCUGCUCGAGGUUUUUGGGCGGGUGCUCAAGACGGACCUGGGUGUCAAGGGCAACGUGCCGGCGGUCGAGCACGAUUGUUAG